AUGCCAUUCUUUAUUGUACUUGAUAAUCCGCAAACAGCGUGGUCACCGGGGUCCAUUAUCCAGGGCAAAGUCGUGUUGAAUUCAGGCCAAGACGAGGCGGUAUCGUCUGUAACCAUUUGGUUUUUGGGGAAAGCAAAGACUCGGUUUAGAACCUCAGACGGAGGCCCAUAUACGGGACGUGUCCAAUUUUUCUCGUAUUUUCAACAGUUGUUCCGUGGGAACUAUACCUUCUCUGCCUCCAAACGUCUCGAAUGGCCUUUCCAAUUUGUCUUCCCGGACACACCAGUUAACAAACAAUCCGACGUCACUCAGGGUAACUUUUUGCGACGCUUGGAUGGAUAUCCGCUUCCACCAACCUUUAGAUACGAGUCCGUUUAUCUUACCUCGAACGAAACGCACUGUCGUAUACAAUAUCAGCUAUCCGCAGAGCUUCAACGCCCGUCGUCCUUCAGUUUAUCAUCUGGAACUUUGCGUGCGCAAAAAUCACUAAGCUUUACACCUCACCGCUCAGAAGCUUCUCCAGCAACAAACUUUUCACCCACACCAUCCACUUGGACCGUCUUCAGCAAGAAAAUCCUUCCGGAAUACGAAAACUACGAACCAACCAUGAAAGAAAAGGUAUCCUCCAUCUUCUCAUCCAAAACCAAACUCCCCAGCUCAGCCUUCAAAAUCAUCACCAAGCUACCCGACAAAGUGGUCCUAGGCCAAUCAAUUCCACUGCUGGUCAGUGCCACACACAUCCCCGAACUCUCCACUACCGAAAUCGUCCCCAUAAUCCGCCUCCGCCACCUAUCUCUAACCCUCAAAACGCACACAUCGUUCUGCGGCAUCUCGACAUGGGGAGGAACGCACGAUGGCAACAAGGAUGAAAAGCUCAUAGUAGCCGACCGCACCAACCUUGACAUCCUUCUGGAAAGCCAGCCAUGCCACCUGGGGUUGCCUUUAAACAACUCCUGCCUCCAAUCACUAGCGCCUAGCUUCGUGAGCGAUAUCAUUCGGCGCAGCUAUAGCUUGCACCUAAAGAUUAUGGUGGAGUGUGCUGGAUGCACGAAGAGUAUCCACGCGAGUAGAAUGUGGUUUGAUGUCAUGUCGUCGAGUUAUUUGCAAGUGCCUCUCGGACCGGCACCCAUAGAGGAAGACGUGGUGGCGGUGGUGGGGGAGGAGAUGCGAAUGUGUUCUGGUGUUGUGGGAAGGUCUUGGGAUCAUGCGCCGGAAUAUGACUUUGUUGAUUCGAAAGGGAACCAGAAGCCCGACCUAGAGCUACCCGCAUAUCAACCCUAA